AUGGAAUCAUUUCAACCUUCAACAACCAUUCCUCCACUGAAUAGCAACAGCAACAGUAACAGUAAUAGUAAUAGUAAUACUAAUACUUCAGCAACAUCAACAACUAUAACUACUGAUAGUACUAAUAAUAAUAAUAAUACAUCAACAGUUAGCAACAACUCAAAUUCAACAUCAAACUUACCUCAAUCAUCUACUGCCUCUACUAAAAAGAGAAUAACAAUAACAAUAGAUAGAAAAGGUAAUAAUAACAGAAACAAAACAAACAACAACAACAACAUGACUAGUGUAGUUGCUGCUUUGCCAACUUCUACAACUACAGCUUCUAUAGCUUCAACUUCUUCACCCUCUACAGCUUCUUCGCCUACUUCUACUACUACUACAACAACAACUACAACAAAUAGUUACAACAACAAUAGUAAUAAUAACAGACGUAGAAAUAAUAAUUAUAGAGGUCAUAGAGGUGUCGCCACUCCAUUAUCAGAUAAUCAUCAUUCUGGUGGUGAUCAACAACACACCGAGUACGAUCCAACUACAAACGAGGUCUUUGUAUUCCAAAAUAUUCCAAGUGAAUCGAAAAACUUAAAUAUAAACGAUAAUACUCAACAACAAUCAACUUCAUCACCAUCAACAUCACAACAAUCGACAUCUUCACAUGGAUUCGGCGGUAUGACAUGGCAACAAGAGCAACUUAUGAGUAAAUUGAAUCCAAAUUCUCCACCAUAUAUGCCAAAACAACAACAAUCACCAUCAUCUUUACAACAAUCUCAGCAACAACAACAACAAAAGCCACAAAGACAACCAAGAGAACCUAGAGAACCUAGAGAACCAAGAGAUAAUAAUAGAAGAAAUAAUAAUAAAGAUAAUAAUAAUAAUAAUAAUAAUAAUAAUAAUAAUAAUAACAAAGAUAAUAAUAGUGUUAGUAAAGAAAAUAAUAAUAGACAACCACGCGAUAACAAACCAAAAGAUAAAAGAAAACAAACAUCUGAUUCUAAUUCAAACAAACCAACAACAACAACCAAUAAUGAAAAUGAACAACAGAAUAAUAAUAGUAUGAAAGAUAAAUUUGUAAAAGCAAGAGAAAAGAUUGAAGAUAAGAGAAAUAACAAUAAUAAUAAUAAUAAUAGAAGAAAUAAUAAUAACAAUGAGAAUAAUGAUAAACCAAACAAUAACAACAAUAAUAAUAAUAAUACUAAACCAAAAUAUAUAUUCGAUGAUAAAGAUGAAUCGAAAACUGUAGAUUACACUCCACUCUCCAUACAAAUCAUUAACAAGAUUCAGAGUCAUAGUUACGAUUGUAUGGUGUGUUAUGAGACCGUCAAAAAAUCGGUGGCCGUUUGGAAUUUGCAUCAAGGAGUGGAAGAGCAAGUCGACCACCGCCGACGGCAAGUGGAAGUGUCCGGGCUGUCGUCACGUGAUUGA